AUGUGGUUAAUUGAAAUAAUUCGAGAAACGGUUGAAAACCACAUUCCUUUUGAUGGUAACAGACUUUCACCUUGUGAGGACAUCACUGCAAAAGCCAGCCUCUCCAACAAACUGCCCAGCAAUGUCCUUACACCAGACAAAAUCCCAGAUUUCUUUAUACCGCCAAAGCUUUCCAAAGACUCUGGGAAUUCUAAACAACUUCCAGAAAAAUACAAGAUAAACCACUCUGCCUCUGAAAACAGCAUCCAGCGUUGCACAAAGAUUCCCCUGCUCCAUUUGCUCUCCAAGCAGGGUAUCCCUGACAGUGAUACACAGUCUUCCAAUGAGUCUUCACCUUACAGUUCUCCUUUGCUGCCUCAAUCCCUACCGGGGUCCUCUCUGUUAAAAAUGUUUGGUCAAGAGAGCUCUUUGGGCGAGUCUUCUAGAUCCACCUCCAAGCAAUCUCUAGGGGGUAAUAGCUCCUUCUCUACGGAUGAAUGUAGCUCCGCAGACACCAGUCCCAGUGCCUCAAAGAAGGCUUUUUUCACAGUGUCUGCUCUUUGUUGCUCCCUGGCCCCUCCUGUAUUGUUCUCUCUCGACCUGCUUCAGUGCCAGGAGCAUCUCCAGAAAGAGCACCUAAUCCAGCUCCACGGCAGGGGAAUGGUUCGGUUGUCCACAGAGUACGACCCAGGCAGCGCCACGCUCCGGGUUCGGGUAGUUUCUGUGGAAGAUCUGUAUGACAGUUCUUUUGAGGAGAAGUGCGUUCACUGCUGUGUCAUCAUGUGUCUGACCCCAGGGAAGAUGCAGAGACAGCAAAGUACAAUCAUAAAAAACAGCAGGAAUCCCAUUUUUAACAAGGACUUCUUUUUUGAUGAGGUCACAGAGGAAGAUCUCCAGAGCAUGUCCUUGAAACUAAAGGUCUUAAACAAGGCAUGUAACCUCAAACGAGACACAGUGUUGGGUGUUAAUGUAAUGCCUCUUUUUCAGUUAUUGCCUUUGUAA